GAUUCCGUGGACCACCAAGCCAACUCCUGCAGGCCCAGCAGGAGGAAAGUGGGGGCUAUGUUAGUUAUUAUAAAGCUGAAAGGAACACCGGUACGCUUCUCCAGUUCAUAUUGAAAUCGUCUCUUCUCAUCACACCUUCAUCGGCAAUGUGUCGGCAUGAACCAUAAGUCCUCUCUGUCUUUUUAAAUAAAACGUGAAUUCACCAUCAACUUAUUUUAUCAGUGACUUUAUUCAAUUUUUUUAUAUAUACGUAUAAGUGUAGUGAUUUAGUUUUUCGAGCCAUGACAACCGGAGUAAAGCAAACGGUUAUAAAAAAUCCGACAUGGUGGAAGCGACGUUCAAAUUUGGAAAGAAGUCUCACCUUAACUGUGGUAGUGGUAGUUUGUCUAGUAAUCUCAUUAGCUAUAGCUCUAGCCUGUGUGUUGUAUGGAAAAAAUCAAGAAUUCAACCCACUAAAUGCUCAGGCAUUACAAAGCAACAACCCUUCAAUAAUCAACGUCUACGACUCAGAUUCAAAAACCAGCCAGUCAAAAAUAUGCUUGACGCCAGGCUGCAUCCACACAGCCAGCAACGUGCUCUCGUCCAUGGACCAAAACGUAGAUCCCUGCGACGACUUCUACCAGUUCACUUGCGGUAACUUCCUGAAAAAGACCAACAUUCCCGACGACAAGUCAUCAGUGACUUCGUUCAGUAUAAUCAGUGACCUACUUCAGGAACAACUGAGAUCCAUGAUCGAGGAGCCCAUCAGUGAAACUGAACCCAAACCAUUCCAACUGACCAAAAAAUUGUACAGAGCUUGCAUGAACAAAACGAGGAUCGAGGAAAUUGGCCUGUCGACCAUCCAUCAGAUUUUCAAGGAUUUGGGAGGAUGGCCCCUGUUGGAAGGCAGCACUUGGAACGAAGGGGAAUUCAACUGGAGAGAAUCGGUGUACAAGUUCAGAAAGGUUGGUUACAGUGUUGAUUACUUCAUCGACUUCUCCGUUGGUAUCGACUUGAAGAACUCCACUAAAAGAAUCAUCGACUUGGAUCAAGCCUCAUUGGGCCUGAGGCGAGAAUUCUUGAUAAAGGGCUUCAAUGAAAAGUUAGUUAAGGCCUAUUAUGAUUACAUGGUGGACAUCGCAGUGAUCUUCGGUGCUGACAGAGAAAAAGCAAAAACGGAACUCAGGGAAUCACUAGAGUUUGAAAUGAAAUUAGCCAAUAUUUCCUUGCCAAGUGAAAAACGUAGAAACGCCACCUCUUUGUAUAAUCCAAUGACCAUUGACGACUUGCAAAAGAACUUCCCCAGCAUACCCUGGAACGAGUACAUGAACACCCUUUUAGCCCCCGACACUUCUGUGCAGCCAGGGGAAAUUAUUAUUGUAAACGUUCCCAAAUAUAUAACUGACUUCGAAAGACUUAUCAGUAGGACACCCAAGAGGGUGCAAGCUAAUUACGUCAUGUGGAGGGCUGCAGCUACUUCAGUUUCUUACCUGACUGAAGAGCUGAGAAACCGUCAAUUGGAAUACACCACAAUUGUCACUGGAAGGACUGAAAGAGAAGCCAGAUGGAAGGAAUGUAUUGAUUUGUCUGCUGGAAGUUUAUCCAUCGCUGCUGGAGCAUUGUAUGUAAGAAAGUACUUCCACGAAGAGGCCAGACAAAGUGCCAUAGAAAUGGUGAAGGAUAUCAGGGAGGAAUUCCAAACUAUCCUGAAUAAUGUGGAGUGGAUGGACGAAACCACCAGGAAAAACGCUUUGGAAAAAGCUAAGUCAAUGUCCACCCACAUUGGCUACCCCGACGAGUUGACUGAUGAUAAAAAAUUGGAGGAAUUUUAUGGGAACUUGGAACUGGACCCAGAUAACUACAUGAGAUCAAUUCUGAACUUGACAUUGUUUGGAACGCGGUUCUCCUUCAAACGUUUAAGACAACCCGUUAACAAGACCGACUGGAUAACUCAUGGAAGACCUGCUGUUGUCAACGCGUACUACUCAUCCAUCGAAAACAGCAUUCAAUUCCCUGCGGGAAUCCUCCAAGGGGUCUUCUUCAGUGCAGACCGUCCCAGGUACAUGAACUACGGAGCAAUUGGUUUUGUAAUUGGGCACGAAAUAACUCACGGCUUCGACGAUCAAGGAAGACAGUUCGACAAAGAGGGCAAUCUGGUGGACUGGUGGGCACCUCAGACCAGGGAAGCCUUCGUGAGCAAGGCCCAGUGCAUCAUUGACCAGUACGGUAACUACACCGUUCCAGAAUUGAAGCUCAAUUUAAACGGCAUUAACACUCAGGGAGAAAACAUAGCCGACAAUGGCGGCAUAAAAGAGGCUUAUAAGGCUUACGAUAAAUGGGUACGAAAGAACGGGGACGAACCCAAGCUGCCCGGCAUCAAAUACAACGGCAGGCAACUGUUCUGGGUCUCCGCAGCAAUGGUCUGGUGUUCGAAGACCCGCGUUGAAGAGAUGAAGCAAAUCGUUGUGACCGACGAACAUUCGCCCGAUUCGUUUAGGGUCAUUGGUCCGUUCAGUAAUAUGGAAGAUUUUGCCAGAGAUUUUAAAUGUCCGAGUGGGUCGAGAAUGAAUCCGGAGAGGAAAUGUAAAAUUUGGUAGAAAUUCGUUCGCUAAGUCAUGAGGAAAAGAAACGAUUGGCUUUUGAUGCUUUUCCUGGUAAUAUUUAGUGGACAUUGAAUUCUUCGUUUUAAGGAAAUAUUCAGCGUUUUACCAUUUUGAUUGGUUUAAACAAGAAUAUUUAUAAAUUUCACUCGAUUUUAUGAGAUCUAUUGGGAUACUAUUCGACUGACUCAGUACUUAAUUUAAAUUAAUAGGUCGCCUUUUUUAUUUCCUUGUUUAAAACUAUAAUCAUUUAUAAAAAAUUGACCAUGACUAUUGAAAUCUCGCUUUAAUGGCAAAACUAAGAAUCCAUAGCACACACAAUUUUAGAAUUCAUAUAAUUCUUUUUGAAACAUAUAAAUAUUUUGUAGAUAUGUAUGUAUAUUACUAUACUUUAUAGGUUAUAUUAUUAAAUAAUAUUAUUUAUACAUUUGUUAAUAAUAAAGUAUUAUACCUGUA